AUGUUGCUCAAUCCCGAACAAUUCACCAUACGCCCAGCCACAGAUGGACAGGCCCUCCAGCACGGCAAAGCUUGCUUUGAGGUGCCCGAUUGGAGAGCGAGGAUGUCUUUGGAGGACUUCAACGCAAUUGCCGAAAGGGAGCAGUCAGAGGCAGAGUAUGCAAAAGACCAUGGAGUUAUUGGCUGGGUAUUGGUUCGUUGGGACGAUUAUGAGGGUGAGAUCUACUCUGCUUUAGAGACGCAAGUCACUGCAUUGAACCCAGUUUCAUCCGUCGCUCACGCUACAUACACAGCCAUCGCACGAAAUGCUUCAUCAAGGACAAAGGCCAGGGUCAAGUCCGGGACGGCUGGGUGUCAAGGGUACGCCACACAUUUGAUCCGCCUACUGCACUACAUCCUCACUUCGCCUUCCCCUACCAUCACUCAACCCGCGAUAUCCCAAACCAUUCCACCAUUUCCUCCAUCUUGGGGGCAGCGACCCCCACCCAUACCCCACGAGCUGGUGCCCUACGUGCCCAGAGCCGAUGGCAGUAUGUUAUGGUCUGACGUUUUGAUGAGAGUCUACGAACGUUGUACCCUGGGGCUUGAGGGGCGAGGGUUUCAAAGCAAACAAGAGUGGAAUCAUACGCUCACUUGGAAGCUGAACGGGACAUCAGAAAGUCAAUCUGAUUGGGAAUACAUCUGGGAGUCUGACCUGGAGGACAUAUAUCCUGUUGUCUGGGCCAACUCUCGGCACAAGCUUUCCCAAGCUCAGACUAUCGACAAGCCUGUAUUCUUGUGCGACCCAGCCUCACCCGGGACACUGACCAUGAUUCCCGUAAGAGGGUCGUACAGUCCUCAGCCGACUUGGCGAACCCGAGUCUUACCUUAUGGUAUCCGUCUCAGAGCCACAAAAGGACAAGGCUGGGAAUACGAAGCCGUUGUCCUGUUCAGCUUGUACAACUCUGCAGCGUCACCGCGCCUCUGCGUGACAUACAUGCAAAAUAUCACACCUGGAUUGUUGCCCGCGCUUUUGACAUCGUUGGACGGUGUAGUUGAGUACUCGGGCGCACCAUGGACAGAAGGCGAAGUAUGGGGACUCGAUCCCACCUCCGAGCUAGUACACGCGUGGAAUCGGGCGGAAGGGCGCGAUGUGGUAGUUUCGACGAGGAUUGGGACAGAAGGCAUGGUCCAUGUGCUAGGGGUAUGUUGGUAUGACGAGGAAGAGGUGGAUAUGGUGGAUUCCCAGAUGUGGGCUUGGGUGUAG